UUUGUCGUUUUUUUUCAACUGAGAAGAAACAGGGUCAAGAUGGACAGCAUAGAGGAAGCCUUAUCAGCUAUCUACAUAGGUUUAACGGUCGCCGAGUUCCUCUGCAAAACUGGUCGAGUGUUGCAAGCCAUCGAGGUGAUCAAGGAAUGUUUGAUUAUAUUACACAGUCAGGUGCUGGCUAUCGAUGGUUCAUUGGCAAACACUAUUUUCAGUGCCAUCUACAUGAAAAUAAUCCUUGCUUACGUUUAUAUAAAGGAUUACACAAGUACAGAAAAAUACCUUGGGAAACUCUUCCUAUACCUAGACUGUAAUGACACCUUUGAAAAAGGAUGGCUACAUUUAUUCCUGGCAGAAAUACUUCGGGUACAAAGUAAGUUCAUGGAGGCCUGGAAAUUUUACGAAUCAGCAGUCAACAUCAUGAAAACGAUAGGAAACACAAAAGGCCAGGCACAAUGUUAUAGAAGCCUCGGAAAAACGUUACAAUCGCUUGGUCAAUAUGACAAGGCCCGAGAAUAUCUGGAGAAAGCACUCGCUAUCGAUACAGGAAUUGGCAACAAGGAUGGAGAAGCAACAAGCUACGGAAACCUAGGAACUUUGUUCCACUCACUCAGUCAAUAUGACAAGGCCCGAGAAUAUCAGGAGAAAGCACUCGCUAUCAGAAUAGAAAUUGGUGACAGGAAUGGAGAAGCAACAAGCUACGGAAACCUAGGAGCUUUGUUCCAAUCACUCGGUCAUUAUGACAAGGCCCGAGAAUAUCAGGAAAAAGCACUCGCUAUCGAAAUAGAAAUUUGUGACAGGAAUGGAGAAGCAACAAGCUACGGAAACCUAGGAACUUUGUUCCACUCACUCAGUCAAUAUGACAAGGCCCGAGAAUAUCAGGAGAAAGCACUCGCUAUCAGAAUAGAAAUUGGUGACAGGAAUGGAGAAGCAACAAGCUACGGAAACCUAGGAACUUUGUUCCAAUCACUCGGUGAUUAUGACAAGGCCCGAGAAUAUCAGGAGAAAGCACUCGCUAUCACAAUAGAAAUUGGCAACAGGGAUGGAGAAGCAACAAGCUAUGGAAACCUAGGAACUUUGUUCCAAUCACUUGGUCAUUAUGACAAGGCCCGAGAAUAUCAAGAGAAAGCACUCGCUAUUGAAAUAGAUAUUGGCAACAGGGAUGGAGAAGCAACAAGCCACGAAAACCUAGGAACUUUGUUCCGAUCACUUGGUAAUUUUGAAAAGGCCCGAGAAUGUCAAGAGAAAGCACUUGCUAUUAAAGUAGAAAUUGGCAACAGGGAUGGAGAAGCAAAAUGCUACGGAAACCUAGGAACUUUGUUCCAAUGCCUUGGCCAGUAUAGCGAAGCUAAAGAGUGUAUGGAGAAAGCACUGCGUAUCCUAAAGAAAAUUGGUGAUAAAAGAGGAGAGGCAAGUAAUUAUGGAAACCUCACAGGUUUGUUUAUCUCGCUCGGCAAGUAUGCAAAGGCUGACGAUUAUCUAAAGAAGGCAAUAGCAGUUAGAGAGGGUAUCGGAGAUAGAAGCGGAGAAGCAGCAGACUACAGACAUCUUGGUAAAAUUUCAUGUAAGCGUGGUGAAUAUGACAAGGCUCAAGAAUAUUACAAGAAAGCCCUUACAAUUCUCAUGGAAAUCGGUGAGAGAGAAGCAGUAGCAGUCAACUAUGACGAUUUAGGAUUGUGUUUUACAUCACUUGGUAAAAAUGACAUAGCCGAAGAGUACUUUAAGCAGGCUCUCCUAUUAAGUAGGGAUAUUGGACAACACUUGCACGAGUUUUACUCUCUUUGUUAUCUAUCGAUGUUGAAGGUGUCACAAUGUCAUCUUGAAGAGGCUUCUUCGUAUCUUUUUCAAGGCAUCCAAAAGUUCGACACUUUGAGAGGUUUUCUUAAAGAAAACGAUCAGUUUCAAAUAUCUCUUUUAGAAGAGCACGGCACCUUUCCCUAUAUGUACUUCAGUCGGCUGCUUUCUUCCACUGGUAAGCCGCAAGACGCCCUUUAUGUCGAAGAGCUGAGAAGGGCAAGAGGCCUGGCCAACCUGAUGGCAGCUCGGUACUCUGUUCAAGAGCAGAUCUCGAGCGAUCCACAAUCUUGGUGUGGCAUUCAAGGAAUCAUCACAAAAGAAGCAGACUGUGCAUGCCUGUACAUUUCGGUUGGUCAAAAUGGUGUACGGUUUUGGAUCAUUAAAGCAACGGGAGCUAUUCAUUUUUCGGAAGAGGAAGUGAGCCUAGACAAAAACAAGGUGACCGGAAUAGUCCCUGAGUUAGAUGAGUAUAUUAAACAAGCCUUCCGCACCCACGCCAUUUUACCCGAACAGAAUUGCGAAGAUCGAUCUUUAGAUGACACCGAAAUGAUGUCACUUCACUACGACAACCGCUCAGUGCUGCGUGACUACGACACCGAAGAUUUCAAAACAAGUCUUGACUUGUGUUACAAGAUUAUCAUCGCUCCUGUGGCCAGUUUACUGAAUAAGCCCGAGAUCAUAAUUGUCCCAGAUUCCUGUGUGUACCAAGUGCCAUUUGCUGCCUUGGCUGACGAAGGAGGCAAGUAUUUAUCAGAGACAUGCAGGAUUCGGCUAGUUCCCUCUCUCACGACUCUCAAGCUUGUUCAAGACAGUCCUCCAGAUUAUCACAGUGAGACCGGGGCACUGAUAGUGGGUGACCCUGUGGUUGGAAAGGUGAUUUACAAGGGAAGGUGCAGAAAUAUGACACCAUUGCCAUGUGCGAGAAAGGAAGCAGAGAUGAUUGGGGGACUUCUUAGCGUAACGCCUUUGAUAGGAGAUUCCGCGACAAAGUAUUCUGUACUCCAAGCGAUAAGUUCAGUGAGCCUGAUACACAUUGCUGCCCAUGGUGAUGCCGAAAGAGGGGAGAUUGCUCUUUCUCCUGAGCACCCUACCCUACUCCCACCUUUCCCUCGAGAAGAAGAUUAUCUUUUGACGAUGGAGGAUAUUUCAAAAACUCGAUUGCGAGCUAAACUAGUGGUGCUUAGUUGUUGUCACAGUGCUCGUGGACAGAUUAGAACCGAGGGAGUAAUUGGACUUGCCCGAGCGUUCUUAGGAUCCGGAGCUCGUUCAGUGUUGGCGGCUAGAUGGGCCCUGGUUGACACAGCCACAGAGCAGUUCAUGACUUGUUUCUACAAACAUUUGUUCCGCGGUGAAAGCGCCAGUGAAUCUCUCCACAAGGCCAGGAAUUGGAUGAGAAAUAACGGCUUUGACAAAGUUUCUCAAUGGGCGCCAUUUAUGAUCAUGGGCGACAACGUGACAUUUGAUUUUGGAAAUUGGCCGGUGCCUAGCGCACCUUAA